UGGAGUCAGGGCUAUAUGCUUUGACUCUUGGUAGGAUCACCCAUGCCAAACAGGUCAAAGGGUAGAGGCCAGCCUAAGAGUGGUCCACCGGUCCUCCAGGUGUGGGAGUUCAGCUCAGGGCUAACAACUUGGACUGGUCAAACAAAACCGUUAUGGAAACAGCAAUGAAUUAUAUCCGAGUGUGACAGUAUUCCUGAGUAUUCACAUGGGGCUUAUGUAACUGACAAUAGUGAAAACCGAGAGGAAGCUAUUAACAUGAUGAAGGAAGUCUUGAACAUGGCCAGGGAUGGAAAGAACCUUCAUUGCUGCCCUAAAUGCCAGUGGUGUGAUAGGCGGGGUUCUCUCAGCUGCCCGUAUCCUGUUGACUGGAGCCAGUAGAGGAAUUGGUGAACAGAUGGCAUAUCAUUACGCCAGGUUUGGCGGUGAACUUGUGAUAACUGCACGAAAUAAAACGCUGCUGAAACAAGUGGAGGAAAAGUGUCUGCAACUAGGUGCUAAGAAAGUCUACUCAUUCUCUGCUGAUAUGUCUGAUCCAAAGAGCGCAGAUCAAGUGGUGCAAUUCGCCCUGGAGAAGCUAGGUUCUCUGGACUAUUUGGUUUUGAAUCACAUUGGAAAUGAUCCUUUCGACAUGUGGAAUGGGAAUGCUGAGCUAACGAACUGGAUGAUACAAGUGAAUUUUCUGAGCUAUGUCCAGAUGACAGCUGCUGCACUGCCUACAUUAACCAAAACCAAUGGAUCGAUUAUUGUCGUCUCCUCCCUUUGCGGCAAGAUUCCCCACCCUUAUGUAACUUCAUACUCGGCCUCUAAGUUUGCUUUGGAUGGAUUCUUCAACUCCCUGCACCUCGAGCUCAUGAUGCAGAAGAAGAAUGUAUCAAUCACUCUGUGCAUCCUCGGACUGAUUGACACUGAGGCAGCCAUGGAGAAAAUCAGAGCCCGGGGACUUUUAACAGUCAGUCCUUCUCCUGCCUCAGAAGCAGCACUGAGCAUCAUCAAAGGAGGAGCUGUCAGACUACGGGUGGUUUAUCACCCGUCGUGGAUAGCGUUGAUAGUGUAUACCCGAGAAUGGUUCAAUGAACUGAGGGACACGCUGAUUUACAAUAUGUACCCGGUAAAAGAUGGACAAUAGCUAUCACUAUUCUGUGUUGCUGAGGAGCCGUAGAACCUGCCAUAUGGAAAUUAAUGGAAUUUACAGCAAAAACUAGGGCAAAUGACCAGUGUAUUCAAGUGUCAUGUACACUCAUUGCAAACAAAUAGCUUGAAACAGAUUUCUAAUAAUCUAACGGCGUGAAUGUUUUUAUUAAAUAGCUUAAACUUUA